AGUAGGAGGUCCUUUUCCGCAGACUCCAACAUGGCCCGAGGACCGAAGAAGCACCUGAAGCGCGUUGCAGCGCCCAAGCAUUGGAUGCUUGACAAGCUCACCGGAGUAUUUGCUCCUCGCCCCUCCACCGGUCCCCACAAGCUUAGGGAGUGCCUGCCCCUCAUCAUCUUCCUGAGGAACAGGCUGAAGUACGCUCUGACCGGGGAUGAGGUCAAGAAGAUCUGCAUGCAGAGGUUCAUCAAGAUCGACGGCAAGGUCCGCACCGAUGUCACCUACCCCACUGGCUUCAUGGACGUGAUCAGCAUCGAGAAGACUGGAGAGCACUUCAGACUGAUCUAUGAUGUCAAGGGCCGUUUUACCGUUCACCGCAUCACAGCCGAGGAAGCCAAAUACAAACUGUGCAAGGUGAGGAAAAUCAUCAUUGGCACCAAGGGGAUCCCUCACCUGGUCACCCACGAUGCCCGCACCAUCCGCUACCCCGACCCCCUCAUCAAGGUCAACGACACCGUCCGUAUUGACCUGGAGACUGGCAAAGUCACAGAGUUCAUUAAGUUUGAUACCGGUAACCUGUGCAUGGUGACUGGUGGUGCUAACUUGGGGCGUAUUGGUGUGAUCACCAACAGAGAGAGACACCCUGGCUCCUUUGAUGUAGUGCACGUGAAGGACAGCACUGGCAACAGCUUUGCCACCAGGCUCUCCAACAUUUUUGUCAUUGGCAAGGGCAACAAGCCAUGGGUGUCCCUGCCCCGUGGAAAGGGUAUCCGCCUUACCAUCGCUGAGGAGAGAGACAAGAGACUUGCUGCCAAGCAGAGCAGCAGCUAAACCUCAACAGGAAUGGCUAACACACAACCUGGUUUCAAAUAAAAUGAAAAUGUUAUUUACAACAGGA